AUGUUCCUUGAUGGCAUGAUGAGCCAGAUAGGCAUCUCGACCCAGGGGUCGUUGGAUGCCUUGCGCAGGCAGCUGGGCCCGGGUGUCGACCCCCUGUACGACUACUCUGCGAAGCAGGACUCGCACAGGCCUCGGCACGUUGAAAAGAAAGACCAGGAAGGUACCAAGGAGAGUACCAUGAUCGAGCAGCUGAGACGAACCCUUCGGGAGGUGGUGGGGAUCAACACCACGGCAGAGGAGCAAGAUGCGCAACAGGCCGAGGAGGACGACGAGGUCGAGGCCAAAGUGCCUGCUGGGCAGUUGCGGGCGCUGCGUGAGCAGAAGAGGCCGAUGUCCUCCUUCGUCUCCACCAGCAGGGAGUACAUGAACGCCCUGGCCAUCGAAAAUAGAUUUCGGGCGCCGCCUCCGGGUUCCUAUCGGCCCAUGACGCACCUCUGCGCCCCUCGGGUGAAGACCCCGGUCUUCACCAAUCGCGAGCCGACGCACAGCAGAAAGCGCAUGGUCAUGGAGAGGGAGGUCAGAAAGCUCCAGUCAGCAGGCAAACCUUGUGAGCACCUGCUGCAGGGCGUGACGAGUGUGGAGCUGCUUGAUGAGCCGCCUGAGAGGAUGCGCCGCGCUGUCACGACACCGAACCUGGAGCGCUAUCCGCCGAGGCCAGAUCUCCUGAAAAGUGCGGGCAUCAACUUCAACGACAGCACCUUCACGGAUGGAGUCCUGGACGGCGACUGUAGCACCUCGAUGAUCCUGCGGACUCCGGAGUGGGACUUCGCAAAGCUUUCAGCAUCAAGGCACAAGGAUCCGGAGACCUACUUCCAGCCGGGCCAGUACAAGCCGAACUUAGACGCGGUGCGUCCGAAAUUGGAGACCAAGAACAUCCCGUUCCACAAGUUGCCUGCUCGAAAGCCUCUCAAGGAGAGCGUCGGGCGGUUCGAAGUGGAUGGCCGGGAGGGAGACCAUUUGCCGGACAGGUCGCUGGCCAGGAGUUGCCCACUCUUGGGCACACGGCCCAGGUUACACAGUCCCGACCUCUCCAAGUACUCGGAUCGACCGUCGAUCAUCGGCAGGAAGAAGCCGUGGCACGACGUAAACGACCCCGAGGCAGAUCGUAUCGUCUGGGAUCACGAGAUGAGCUUCAACAUAAUGGAUGCAGAGAAGGCACGAUGGAAGUCCAGAGGGCCUCCCGAGGACUUCAACAGAUCGCUUACGAGGCAACAGCACUUGCGCUCCAUGCGCACCUAUGGCCAGGAUGUUUCCUUGACGAGGGCCAAGGAGAACCUCAACGGUCCAGUGAGUGUGGAGCUGCAGUCGGACAUCGAUAGCAGCCCCAUUCUGAAGCCGCGGUUGUGGUCGCCAAGAUUCGACUACAUGGCCACCCGUGAGCCGGAGUACAAGUAUGCCGAGUCGCCCGCCCGCCUGAAGGAGAAGAGGGGAGCGAAGUUCAAGCGUGAACUCCGCCCGGGUGAGUCGCUCACAGACAUCCAGUGUCUCUCCCCUCUUGCCGGGGCUAUCGGUGAGCUUCGCUCUUCCAGAUGCUACGAAGCCAUGGGCGACUCUCUGGAAGCGUAG